UCGACUACUUAUGAUAUGAUUUAAGAAACUGACAUCAGCAUGAUCUCUACGCAGCUUGUUUUUUAACUAUAAGACAUAAAUGUUAAGCGUGACAUUUAUGGACUUAGAGUGUCUUCAUCCCAUGAUUAUGUUACAGAUGAAUAUUUCACCAGAGCCUGACUGUUGACUAUAAACUAAUCUGACGUGUCUGAUAACACCAACUCAUGCAAUGUGAUAUUUAGAUCUUUAGGAGGACAAUGUAAAAUCAAUAAAAUGUGUUGGGACGAUUAAACAACAAUUCUCAGGACUUUAUUCACAGAUUAUUCUAUUGGAAUUUGGAAUUGGCCAGAAAAACAUGUGCUAAACUUGCCAAGAUGUGUUAGGCAAACUAGCCUGCUAUAAUGUCGUCAGUUAGUAAUAGCAGUCGUGGAACAGGAAGUUCAGACGAUGGGUCGUACUCAUCACAGACGAUGUCAUCAUAUGGAUCCUCGCAAGGACUACUUAGGCCCGAGUUACUGCAACAACUUCACGCCUACAUAGCAUGGAUGAACUCACAGUUGAAGCGGCGGCCAGGGAGCCGCAUGAUAACGGACCUCACAGCAGACAUGCAGAAUGGUGUCGCCCUGAUCCAACUAGUGGAAAUAUUAUCUGGUGAAUCUCUCCAUGGCAACCCGUGCCCUACCACCAUCCCAGAGAUGCGAGACAACAUUGACCUUGUAUUACAGUUGAUGAUCAGCAAGAGGAUACGUAUGCAUCAGACAAAUCCAAGAGAUAUUGUGGAGGGCAACCUCAAGUCAAUCAUGCGCCUUAUCUUAGCCCUGGCAGUUCACUACAAGCCUAACAGCGUCAAGCAGUCAGCCCAGCAGAACCUGCGCACCCCUGCCCAGCAGGCUGUGGUGGCCCAGGUGCAGAAUGCUGCUGUGGCCCUGGCAGAGACAAGAAAGGAGGUAGCGGGCUCGGGCCACAAAGUGCGGAGACCUUUAGAUUUUAGUCAAAGAUCUGACGUGCCGAGUGACUCCGAUUCCAGUUUCAGGCAUUAUUCACCUAAGAUGCAUAGACGGAGGGAGAAUCUCGAUGGAAGUUACAUCGGGCCUCAGACCACACCACAAAGUAUACAGGGCUCACCGAACAAUAAAUAUUUACCAAAAAGUAAAUCUUUAGAUUUAAAUAAUGCUCCUGCGUCACCAAAUGAAUCUGGGUCAGACAUCGAUACAAGUAUUCAAGAAGUAUUCCAAGAUUUAUUUGAUGAACAUUCAGGACUCACUAGUGAUAUGCAAACAACAAAAGGUGCACUGCUGAAGCUACAGGAACUGCUGCUAAAUGGAGAGCCUCCUGAGGGAUCCGAAGACGAGGAUGUGGAUGAAUCACUGCCAAUUGAGGGGAGAACGCCAGAUGAAAAAAUAGUUGUAUUAAGAAACCGCCUCUUGCAUUCAGAAGAAACUUGUUGUGAUCUACGGGACGAAUUAUCUCGGGUGAAAAAUGAGUGUUUAGAACUCCAGGGAACGAAGUCUGGUCUUCAACAGCGGUUAAAUGAACAGGAAAAAGCAUUUCUACAGAUGAAAGCUGAGUUACUCAGGAUAGGCUUCACGCAACAAAAUCUUGAAGCCGAAAAAACGGAUCUCCAAAAAAGUUUAAACGAAAAAGAGAUGUCAUUGAAAGAUUUAAAAAGAGAAAUGGCCCAUAAAGAUCGCUUACUGGAGCAGCUGAAGCUUGACCUUGAGAAUGAGGUCAAGGACAAAGAUAUGAUUACAAGGACAUUGAAAGGUCAAAUGCAGGAACUCAGUGAAAAGUUGAGGAGGGUUGGUGAAAAUGAGGCCAAUUUAUCGUCAAGAGUGGCCUCCCAAGAGCGUAUGAUGGCCAAGCUGGAGGGGAAGAUCAUGCGUUCUCAUCAUGAGCCUGGGAGUUUAAAACCUGGGAACCUCGUUUGCCCAGACGAGUUUGGACUCGUCCAUGAAUCUCUCCGUAAUCUUCGGCAUCAUUUGUCGCGUAAUGAUCCCCAACAUCGUACUCUGGAUAAGUUGGAGAUCACGGUGUCGAAUCUUAUGGAGAAAUUAUUAUUCAGUGAACAGACUCAUUUGCGGCGGCAUUCUGUCGACAGCAUGCUGGGCCAUACAAGAAAACCACCUUUAUCAUCAGAUCACUUGGACGAACUGAACGGGCGGCCACACCCUAAGGCAACAAAGAUCCUUUACUUCACUGAUCGGACCGUAACGCCAUUCAUGUGCACGAUACCCAAGAACUUGGGUGAGAUUACGUUAGGAGACUUCAAACAGAUCCAUGACAAGAAUAAACCUGGGGCAUAUCGAUAUCACUUCAAGGCACUGGACCCAGAGUUCGGGACGGUGAAGGAAGAGAUUUCGAACGAUGACACAAUCUUACCUGGCUGGGAAGGAAAGAUAGUUGGCUGGGUAGAAGAGGAUCAUGGCUGAUGUGACUCGGCUCCGGGAACGAGACAAAGAUGCUCAGCAACUUGGAACUAGUCACUACCCCUGAGAAUCGAGUCAGGGAGUUGUAGCAUGCCCUGUCAAAAUGCCACCGAAUUUUGGCAUUUCAAAGUGCAGGCGUUCUACAAGAAUUAAUGAUGUUUGUGCUUUCCACUUCACUGCUGGAUGUUCCUCGAUGUUAAUCAGUCGGCUACUGCUUUCGGCAGCAUCAUUCACGGCAAUCGUAAUGUGUUGUAGUAUUUUUUGCUCUCCGCAGGGGAGUCUAUACAACACCGCUGUGUCCGUUGGCGUCGUCGUUGUCUGUAUCCUGUUUUAAAAACAGUGGCACGUUUUUUAACCGCUAGAGCUAUGAACUUGUAACUUUGUACACAGGACCCCCAGUUCAGGUGACCUCUGACAAUGAAUUUCGGUUCGAACUGAUUCUUGACUUGUCCACCAGGGGGCCAGAAGUGGAAACCUAAAAAGUGUAAUAUCUUUCUUACAAGUGACUCAUUUUCUAUAAAAAAUUUAUGGUAGGUUCUCCUAGUAACCUACCAUGAAUGUUUUAUUUGGAUACAUAGCAUAUCAUAGGGGUUUUUGAUUUGACCUAAUUUUCAAGGUCACACAGGGUCAAAUGGCGUAAAUUGUCCGUUUGAAUGUAAGAAAAGCACGUUUCUUAACCAAUAAAGCUAUGAACUUGAAAUUUGAUACACAUGACUCCCUACAUCAUAUAACCCUCUGACACCAAAUUUUGGUUUGAUCUGAUUCUCGACUUGGCCACCAGGGGGCCAAAACUAAAAAAGGUAAAAAGUGCAUUAUCUCGCUUAAUAGUGACUUGUUUUCAAUGAUAUUUUUAUGGUAGGUACUCAGAGCAAGGAUAUAUCACAUAUUUUAUGGGUUUUUGAUUUGACCUAAUUUUCAAGUUCACAGAGGUCAAACGGUGUGAAUUGGCCGUUUGAGUACCACUGUUUCUUAACCGCUAAAGCUAUGAACUUGAAAUUUGGUACGCAUGCCUCCCUACGUCAUGUAACCCUCUGACACCAAAUUUUGGUUUGAUCUGAUUCUCGACUUGGCCACCAGGGGGCCAAAACUAAAAAAGGUAAAAAGUGCAUUAUCUCGCUUAAUAGUGACUUGUUUUCAAUGAUAUUUUUAUGGUAGGUACUCAGAGCAAGGAUAUAUCACAUAUUUUAUGGGUUUUUGAUUUGACCUAAUUUUCAAGUUCACAGAGGUCAAACGGUGUGAAUUGGCCGUUUGAGUACCACUGUUUCUUAACCGCUAAAGCUAUGAACUUGAAAUUUGGUACGCAUGCCUCCCUACGUCAUGUAACUUCGGACACCGAAUUUUGAUCUGAUCUGAUUCUCGACUUGGCCACUAGGAGGCCAAAACUAAAAAAGGUAAAAAGUGCAAUAUCUCGCUUAAUAGAUACAUCACAUGUCUUACCGACAUUGGUUUGACUGUGUUUUUUAACCAGGAUGAAUUCCUAACCACCAAAUAUCUAUACAGUGAGCACAAUGGCCCCUGGCCGUUUCAUUCAUCAUAUAUAGUCAUUGAACCAGUACUGUAUACGUGGAAAUAUACGCGUGCCUUUUAUGCUCACGUUACAGGUAAUUGCAAAAACAUAUGGCCAUGAAAAAACAAAAUGUAAUUGAAUCCACUAUUAGGCCACACUUCUUUAAUAAGUUGGAUUACGAAACUUCAGAUCCAAAACCUAUGAAGGUGCGGUGGGAAUAAAAAAAAUUUUAAAAGAAAUUUCUUCAAUCUCAAAACCUAUCUAGGGUGGAAA